GUAUUGUGUAAAUGUCUAUUGUGUGUGGUAACUCCUGGGGCUGGCUGUUGGACUCUUGCACUCACAUAGAUGCGGGUUUGCAGCGCUGUGUUUGUUAUAGUGCUGGGCUUGAAAAGCCGACAUACUUCAAAAACUGUUUCAAGAUGGAAUAUUUUAAUAUUUUGAAGCCCCACGUUCAAAUUCGACACAACACAGGUAUCUUGACAAGCAGUAUUCCGUUACACACGGCAGAAAAUAGCAAUGGUGAUGAACUUGCAAAGAUUGAUCUUCAAACACGAAAGAAACGAAAAAGAAAGCAGCGUGAUCUCAAUACAGGGGAGUUAGAUGCCCAUAUUUAUCAUGGAAAGGUCAGGUCAGUGGUUCUGGAGGGCUCCCAGGCUCUUCUGGAAGCUGGACGUCAGUGUGGAUACUUGACCGAAGCUCUGAUCACACCACCCUCUGAAUCCCUGCCAACACACGAGUGCCAGCUUGCUGCCUUAUGUGACAUGGCCAAACAGCUCCCGUUAACUGACGAGUCUGUGGCACCAGUGCAGACGCUGAACGGAGAUGGUCUGGAUCCACCACUUGACCUAUUCUCAUCCAUCACAGAAAACCCAUUCGACUGUGCUUAUGAGGUCACGUUGAUGAGGGAGAAGUAUCUAUUGCCCCCCCGCAGCCGAUUCCUGUUGUCUGACAUCACACAUAUGCAUCCACUUGUCAACAGUGGAGACAAGUUUGACCUUAUAAUCCUUGAUCCGCCAUGGGAAAACAAAUCUGUCAAAAGAAGCAACAGAUACAGUUCUCUGCCAUCUUCUCAGCUCAAGCAGCUUCCUGUGCCAGCACUGGCUGCCCCAGAAUGUUUGGUGGUUACGUGGGUAACUAACCGGGCAAAGCAUCUGCGUUUCGUCAAAGAAGAGCUCUACCCAUACUGGGCAGUUGAAGUGCUAGCAGAGUGGCUCUGGGUCAAGGUGACCCGAACAGGGGAGUUUGUGUUUCCUCUGGAUUCGCAGCACAAGAAGCCUUAUGAAGUGCUGGUGCUUGGCAGGUAUCGCUCUCGCACUGACCACACAGUGAGGUGUUUAGCGGUGGAUGAGCUUCCAGAGCAGCGGCUUCUGAUCAGCGUCCCCUCAGUACUGCACUCUCAUAAGCCUUCGUUGUCAGCUGUGCUAAAGCCGUACAUUAGCCACAAGCCCAAGUGUUUAGAGUUGUUUGCCCGAAGUCUCCAGUGUGACUGGACCAGCUGGGGAAACGAAGUCAUCAAGUUCCAGCACAGCAGUUAUUUUACCAGAGAGAGGGCCGAGGAUCCGGCCAGGACAUCCCAAACACUUACACAGUAGCUCAUGGACUUUUUUUUUUUUUUACAAGAAACUAGUAUAAGAAAGUUUGUAUUAUAUACAUGGAUAUAAACUUUCAGUUCACCAUGUAAAAUGCAGUACAAUUGUGUUUUCAUCUGAAUGGUGUAUUUUAUACCAAGCAGAAACAACAAUAUUUUUGUAUAAAAAUGUAUGCAAAGAGUUCUGUCAGUAUUUUACUACAUACAUUUUAGCAAUUCGUUAUGGGGCUCCACAAUAAGGAUUUUUCCUUUCUGCGAGCCUGGUCUGGCCAGUAGUUGGGAUUGUACUUGGCCUUCCAAUAAUUUGUCUGUUUUUAGUAACAUUUUUAAGAAUGUGUGUCAGAAAUGUUUUU